GCGGAGGAAUGCAAAUGAGUUAUGGCAUCGGGCCGCCGCCGCGCCGCCGCCUGAGGGAGGAGGGAGCGGCCGCGGGCCCGGCCCCGCCGGCACCGGCACCGGCACCGGCACCGGCACCGGGACCCCCCGCCCCCGCCUGGGCCAUGGCCGCGGCCGGCGGGAGCCGCUCCGCCCGGGCCGCAGGGGUGGGAAGUGCAUUUCCUGCGUCACCCACAGCUCAAAAGUGAGGCGUCCCCCUGUCUGACACCCCAAAGUCCACAGGAGUUGGGUGCAGCUCUAGCCUGACCCACGGCGCCCCGUGGCGCCCCGGCAAACCACCAUGGAGAACGAGCAGCCGCCGGCCCCGCCGCCCCCCAGCAGCGCCGGCGGCACCCCCGCGACGCCCAGCAGCGCCGGUGGCGCCCGCCCGCCUGCUCCCCAGAUCUCCGUCUACAGCGGCAUCCCCGACCGCCAGACCGUCCAGGUGAUCCAGCAAGCGCUGCACCGGCAGCCCAACACGGCGGCGCAGUACCUGCAGCAGAUGUACGCGGCGCAGCAGCAGCACCUGAUGCUGCAGACGGCUGCACUCCAGCAGCAGCACCUCACCAGUGCCCAGCUCCAGAGCCUGGCCGCCGUCCAGCAGGCGAGCUUGGCAGCGAACAGGCAGAGCAGCUCUUCGGGAGGUAACGGUGCCCAGCCGGCACCGGCGCAGCAACCCACGAUCAACCUGGCGACGUCGCCAGCGGCUGCGCAGCUCCUGAACCGGGCGCAGAGCGUCGCCCCUGGGGCCUCGGGCAUCGCGCAGCAGGCUGUGCUGCUGGGCAACGCCGCCUCGCCCGCCCUCACCGCCAGCCAGGCCCAGAUGUACCUGCGGGCCCAGAUGCUCAUCUUCACGCCCACGGGCCCUGUCAGCGCCGUCCGCCCUGAGAGCCCUGCGCCGGCACCGGCCCCGCCACCUGCCGCGCCACCUGCCACCCCCCAGGUGCACGGCCUGGCCCUGCGCCCUGCCGGCCCCCACCUCCCCGCCCUGGCCAUGAAGCCCCCCGGUGGCCCCCCGCCCCGGGCCGGCCCCCCUCGGGGGCCCCCGCCCGACCCCCCCGCCGAGCACCUCAAAAAAGCCGAGGGUGCCGACGCCCGUGCCCACCCCCUGGCCCGUGCCGCUGCCCCUGCCGCUGCCCACCCACUCGUCACCCCAGCCUACGCCCCGCUGCAGCCCCCCCAGUUCCUGCAGCAGCCGCCGAAGCCAAUGCAGCCGCAGCAGCAGUUCGUCAUCCAGCAGCAGCAGCAGCAGCUGGCGCCCCGUGGGCAGCCCCCCCCAGGCCCCCCCGCCGCCCCCCAACUCCAACCCCUGCCCCCCGCCAGUCCCGGCCCGGCCCCCCAACCCAAAGUGGGGGUCCCCCAAGGAGCGGGGGGUGAGGGCGGCCCCCCCAACGGCCACCCCGGGUGCCACGCGGCCCCCCGCAAGUUCCAGCACGCCUCGGCUGUCAUCCUGCAGCUGCAGCCGGCCGGUGCCACGCCCCCGCUCGGGGUCCCCGAGGGUGCCCGCCGGGACCCCCCGCCUGCCCCGAGGAGCACCGAGAGCCCGCCCGCUGCCCCGCCGCAGCCCCCUGCCCUCUCGCCGCCCGCCGUCCCCCCGGGCCCCGACACCCCCGAAGGCGAGCGGCCCCCCACGCACGAGCCGCCCGCCGACCGCCUUCAUGCUCAGCCCCAGCCCCUGCCCAGCGUUCCCGGCAUGACCUCGGGCACCGGGAGCUCUGCCUCCACCGUCGCCGGCGCUGCCCCCCACAAUGGUGAGAACAAACCGCCCCAGGCCAUUGUGAAACCCCAAAUCCUCACCCACGUUAUCGAGGGCUUCGUCAUCCAGGAAGGGGCAGAACCGUUCCCGGUGGGGCGCUCCUCGUUGCUGGUGGGGAACCUGAAGAAGAAGUAUGCGCAGGAGCUGCUGGCUGAGAAACUCCCGCAACAGGACAACACCACCACCACCGACUCCGAAAUGGAGGAACCUUAUUUACAAGGCGUCCCUCCGCGCCCCCCAGAAUCCAAAGAGGAGGGGAACCCCCCCAAACUGAAAUGCGAGCUCUGCGGCCGCGUCGACUUCGCUUACAAGUUCAAGCGCUCCAAGCGCUUCUGCUCCAUGGCUUGUGCCAAGAGGUACAACGUGGGCUGCACGAAGCGGGUGGGUUUGUUCCACCCCGAUCGCAGCAAACUGCAAAAACCCGGCGGCCCCCCCCACGGCCGCCGCCGCACCUGCAAGGGGACGUUGCCCACCCUCAGCAAAGACGCCAAGAAGCAGCCGCCGGUUUCUCUCCCGCCGGGUUCGGUGCCUCUUUCCGUGACGGCGUCGUUGCAGCUCAACCACAGCCAAGAAGAUUCGAGUCGUUGUUCGGAUAAUUCGAGCUACGAGGAACCGCUCUCCCCCAUCUCGGCCAGUUCCUCCACGUCCCGCCGGCGGCAGGGCGAGCGCGACCUGGAGCUGCGCGAGAUGGAGCUGCCCGACGUCCACGUCCGCGACCUGGCGAGCAUCGGCCAUCGCUUCCUGCCCAGCGAGCCCAGCAAGUGGAACGUGGAGGACGUCUACGAGUUCAUCCGCUCGCUGCCGGGCUGCCAGGAGAUCGCCGAGGAGUUCCGGGCGCAGGAGAUCGACGGGCAGGCGCUGCUGCUGCUCAAGGAGGAUCAUCUCAUGAGCACCAUGAACAUCAAACUGGGGCCGGCCCUCAAGAUCUACGCCCGCAUCAGCAUGCUCAAGGACUCCUAGAGCCGGUUGGGCGGGGGGGUGGCAGGGGGGGCACCCGUGGGACCCCCCCAAACCCCUGCCCGGCCGUGGGGAGGGGGCUGCGGGGGGGGGGAAGCCAUUUGUGAGCACAACCCAGCCCCGGGGCAGCCCCUCCCCGCCACCCCCAGGGGUGUGUAUAUAGCCCGUAGCUAUAGCGUCCCCCUGUAGGGGGGGGUCACCCCCCUUCUCCGGCAGGGAGGGGGUGUCCCCGCGUCUCCCCCACGUGUGUCCCCCCCUUCCCCAAAACGGCAGGGCGAAGCAGGACGAUUGCCUUAACGUGUGCCCCCCCCCCCCAGCCCCAAACCGGGACUCGGGCCGUCGGCCCUGGGGGGGGGCGGCAGGGGGGUGCCUGGGUGUGGAGGAGGCGUCACCCCCCCCGUGAUGGGGCUGGUUUGGGGGCACCUUAGUGGAGGAUGGUGGUGGCGGGGGGCCCCCCCGGGCAGGUAAGGACCCCCACACACCUCCCCCUGGCCACUGCGGUCUUUUUAAGAAAAGAAAAGGAAAAGAUAAAAAAAAAAAAGAGGAAAAAAAACCCAAACCACACGGCCCGUCCCCCACCCCCUUUUUUUCCUGGGUUUUUUUUGUUUUGUUUUGUUUUUAAUAAACACUGAGGAAAAAAACA